ACAAUAGGCAAAGAGUAAUUCCUCAUCACGCAUCACGUUUUAAACUAUCACAAAAUAUAACUGCAUGUGAUCCACCGACUCUGCAGUCAGUAAAUGAAAUAUUAUCCAGCAUUCCUUCACGAGAGAUACCCAUAACUCCAGAAGAAAUGCAAACAUUGCUACAAAUUGAUCUAGAUAAAUUUAAU